AUUUUGUUUAUGCAAAAUUCGUCCUUGAAAUAAAGACACUUAUUUGAUUAGAAAAGUAAAUAAAAAUUAUCUGAAUAGUGAAUUGUAAAUCUACUGUUGAUGAAUUUAGUAAAUUAUCCAUAUCAUUAAUUGCUUUAGUUGUUAUGUAUUGACCUACGACACUAAAGUAACGAUCUGUAGUCUACUAGUCUUUUUAGAUAUACGAGUAACAUUAAUACGAGUAUCCCUUAACUAUUGAAGUUAUGGUAGAUGUACCCGUUCAAGAUAUGAACAAAAAUACAUUUACUUGGCACAACAAGAAUGGCUACAAAUCUGCGAAAACAUAUAAUUUAUUUAAUUAUUUUACAAGCAUUGAAGAUUCACAUUCAAAAUAUCUUCAUUAUCAAAUGACCAAACCUUUGUCUAUUAAAACUCAACAUGAUUCUCCAUGUAAAAGUGAUUCUCCUCAACCAUUUUAUCAUAUUCAUCAGGAUUCAAUUAUUACACAAAAGUCAAGUCCAACACCAAUUAGAUUUAGUCCCCGUAUGGGUUCUAACGCAAUCAAUUAUGCACGCUCGAGUGCUACAAAUCGGGUAUCAAUCACUCCCAAUAUGUCACCAUUCAGCAGUUCUAAUAUAGAUCAAUCAAUAUCAAAAAUUAGUGCAAUGUUUCCUACUGCAUCGGAAUCCCACAUACAAUCGUUAUUAAAUAAAUAUCAUAAUAGAGAAGCUGUUGUUAUUAGUGCUUUGCAAGUAGAAAAGCAUCCAAUUGCUACACCUGGACCAUAUACACCACCAUMAAUUAAUCGUCAUUAUAUGUUACAAGCAAAUCCUUCACCCAUGGCAAGUCCAUUACCUAAACCUGCCCAUUAUUCUCCAAAAAUGAAACUCAGAAAAGAUGUAGACAAGUCGUUCGAUUGUGAGUUAAAUAUUAAUUUUAUUUACUAUUAUAGUAAACUCAAAAAGGAAAAUUCUAGUACCGACACAAUUGGCAGUUUUGUUGUAAUGAACAUCAAUAAYUCUAAAACUGAAGCAAACAAUUCUUUCUGUGAAAUUCAUUUUGAGAACCAGAAAGUAGCAGCAAAAGGUACACAAAAAAAUUUGGCAAAAGGUCCCAAUAAAGAAUUAUUGAGGAAAAAUUCCUCAUCUAAAUGUGAGCAUGAUGAAAAAAAUAGAGUGAAACCCAAAGGCCCGAAUAAAUCAUUGUUGAGUAAAAUUCAUUCAUUAGCAAAAGGACCAAAUAUGGAGUUAAAAAAAGGACCAUCUAAAGGAUUAGCCAAGGGUAGUAUUUUCCAUCGAUUAUUUAGGAAAUAAUUACUUAUGCUAUAUGUAUAACAUUAUUUAUAAUUAAGUACAGUGUUCUAUUAUAUUUUCUUUGAAGGAAUGUACUAUGUAGGUAAUUUAAAAUUCUUUUUCUCUAGAAUAAUUUAAUAUUAUUUUGUUACAUAAGGUUGCUAAUUGGUAGAACUAUUUUAUUGAUUUGUUUUUUAAGUGAUAGGUAUCAUAUAUUUUUUCAU